GCAAUUGACUUGACUUUUCUCGUACUUUCUCACUUCCUUUCGGUGCAUACCAGACAAUUAUUUAGGAAGGUGCCUCAAUAUCUCGACUCGUUUUUGUCCUAAUUAAUAGCGUCCGUGGCAGGGGCGUUUAAACAAAAAAGCGGGCCGGCUUCUUAUUAUUAAUAAGAGGGGCCUUUUGGGAGUUUAACGAGUGAUUUUUACCAGCUCUGUGAAGUCUACAAAGGCGGCAGCAGCCAGCAUCCGCCCGUUAAAGAUUGAGAAGACUGACAAGAAAGCAAAUCUUGGUCUUCAGUGCCGAGAUUAGACCUGCCUAACAAAAAGGAGGAUCUUCAAGAUGGUUAGAGAGAAGGACCAGAACCUGACCAGCUGCUGCGCACAUAAUGCGGAAGUGAGGCGAGCUGAGAUGGCCUGAAGAUCUAAGAGGUUAUGCGAAGCGUAUAUAUAAAUCUGUCUGUUGGAGAAGAGCUGCCUGUACACACUUCUUGUCAGUGAGAGGAGACACAUUGUAAGUCCCUUCAAUAAACUGAAUGACCACUGCAGUAGAGCAUCUAUUAAUGAAGCUUACUCCAAACAGGGCUACACAAAACUACCGCCUGGAUACGGAAGUACAGCACACAGACUGAUCAGUGCUUUUGUCUGCCUUGCGGACUUUCCGUCCCUCUAAACCAAAACAAAAAAGUUAGGCCAAGCAACUUAAGGAGGGAAAUAAUCGGAGGCAGUCAUGAAUGGCUUUCCGGAAAUGUCAAUUAAGUGCGUCCUAGUCGGGGACAGCGCAGUCGGAAAGACGGCGCUUCUGGUCCGCUUCACCUCAGAGACUUUCCCUGACACCUAUAAGCCCACAGUGUUUGACAACACAGGGGUGGAGGUGUACAUGGACGGUAUCCAGAUCAGCCUGGGGCUGUGGGACACGGCUGGCAAUGACAGCUUCAAACAGAUCCGACCAAGAUCAUACCAGCAGGCCGAUGUCGUCCUAAUCUGCUUCUCUGUGGCUAACCCCCACUCUCUCGCCAGUGUCCAGAACAAGUGGAUCAAUGAGGUUCGACAACACUUGCCAAGGGUACCGGUGCUGGUUGUGGCAACACAGACAGACUUGAGGGAAAUGGGUGGGCACCGGGGCACAUGCAUCACACCAACAGAGGGUAAACAUGUGGCUCAAGAUGUUAGGGCUAAAGGCUAUUUGGAGUGCUCCUCCUUAAGCAACCGCGGUGUGCAGCAGGUGUUUGAGUACGCUGUGCGGACAGUUGUUAACCAGGCCAAGAAACAGGCCAGAAGGCGCAUGUUCAGCAUGAACCAGUGUAAGGUCUUUUGACCCAUUCACCUUGAUUUUGUGAGCUCCUGAGCCUUUUAUCAGAUGAUCCUUUUAAACAUAUUAUUCAAACUCAGUUGGUGUUGUAGGGGUACAAGAACACAAAUUAGGAUUUCUUUAAUAAACUUCUUUUUCACUAACCUCCCCACAAGACCCUCCUAAACUGGAUCAGUAUUUAAACUGAGAUUACACUGACUGAAAACCUAACGGACUCUGAUUCAUAUGUUUGACUUACCCAUACAUGUCCUCAAGAAUAGGCAUUUUUGGUGAAGGACUUUUUUUUAAUUAAAGCUUUAAUUCAUCAAGGAUAACGUCUAUAAAAACCCUAGAGACAUUUUAUUUAAGGGAUGAAGUAAAUAAUGAUAUGCUUGUGUUGCUGUUUCUCAGCAGUUAUUUAACAUACCAAGAAAACGAUAUUGUAUGUGUCAGCUCAAAGAGCCAAAUGAGAAUAUUUUACCAUGUUGGGCUGAGCGUACUCGUAUAUAUAGUUAAAUCUGAUUAGAUAUUACCAGAAAACAAGUGUUAAUUAGUCAACAAACAGUUGACAGUAAUGCAUACAUGUUGCAUAAUGUUCUCAAGAUUAUAUUUGCAUUUUUACAUGUGAGGUUUUUUUUUUUUAUUAAACAAAAACAGUUUUUAUUUUUAUUGAAAUCACGCAAUGUGUAUUUAAAAAAAAAAACAAAAAACCUCUACUCAGAAAAUAUAUAAAAAAAAGAUGUCCCCACUAUUGUGUGUGUGCGUGCGUGUAUUUGAUUUCUGGAACAACUAAGGUUUUAACACACUGACUACAACUUCCAUUUAUGUGAACAUUCAGUGUGUUUGUACAGUUUUACUCAUAGCGGAGGGCUGAACAAAUGUGCCAGCCACUGGGAAGUGUAUGUUACUUUGAGUGUCAGAUAUUCAGUCAUUUUUGGUGUUUUAGGUGUAAUUGCAUUGGAUUUAAGUUUAUUUGCCUGCCAUUAGAAGAAGGCAAAUAAACUUAAAUCUUUGCCUCGCAUUAUUUGUCAUGUAAGGCGAAUAAUCUUCACUUUGAUUACAGCAAAUCAACACAAAUUUGAAUGCAGUGCCACAAAAUAUGAUGGGAACUUUUGUAAACAUGUUGUACUUCACUAUAUACAUAUAGUGUAUAUCGUGUGGCCGGUGUUUUAUGUUGCUAUGUUGUUUUGCAUGUUUUGUGUAUCCCUAACAAGUGUUAUAUGAAAUAUGGAAGCAAUUAACCUCUUAAGCCCCAAGCCUAACUGAUCUCCUGCCUUUUGCCCCCGUAUAAGGGGGCGUUGGGGCUUAAGAGGUGUUUGGAUCAGAGUGUAUAAAAAACAGUAAGAAGUUUUAUAUUUUUUCAGCACAUUUUGAAAAGAGCUGUUUCAAACUAUAAAAUGUUUGGUUAUUUCUUCAAACUAAUGAUAAUGAUGUUAAAAACACUUUGUUUGAGGAAAGCUUUUUCAACCAAUCAAAAAGACUUGUAUAUACUGGCUUUCAGUAGAGUGCUGGAUCACAAAAAAAAUAAAAAUAAAGCCCACCAAGCGGAUUUGAAAAAGAUCUGAACACCAAUGAGCUUCCAUAUAAGGGCUUGACUUAAUGUGUCAUGUUCUGCAUAUAACGCUCGUCUGCAGUCUUUAGACGUCUAAGGACUCAGACCUUUAAUACUCAGCCAUCUAAUGAAUGGGAUGAGAUGUGUGGUUUAUAUAACUGUAGUAGCUGUCUGAUAUAUACUAUUGCAGAGUGAUGUGCAGAAAAAUGUUAAUGUUACUGUUGUAUGAUUAAAUAAAUUAUGAAUAAUAUGCAUAUUAUAAAAACUUUAUUCAA